AUGAGCGAUCUUCCCGAGGACUUCCACGCUCUUCUACGCCGCCUCGACGACAUUGCAGGGGAAGAAUGCCCCGAGACGACGCCCUACGCGUCGCACUACCGGGUACUGGAGAUUCUGCAGAAGCUGCGGACCACAGCGCUGCCCCCGGCGGAAAUGGCUAUUGCGGCCGCUAAACUAGGCGCCACGUAUCUGGCAGUGGAAGAACCCCAUCACGCCCAACCAGCGCUGGAGGAAGCUGGCAACUUUUUCUUCCCGGAGCUGGAGUUCGUGGUGUACGUGGCGGAGCUGCUGAACCAGCUGGGAGUGCUCUGGUCGAACCGCUCGCGGCCAUUGAGGGCGCUGUGCUACCUCUCGGCGGCGCAGAUGCUGUGUAAGGAGAAGACGGGCAAGCAGGACGGCGCGUUGGCGGCGGCCCAAACGCACACGCACUUUUACUUGGCGCAGGUGUAUGGCAGCUUGGGGAUGGAGGACGAGUCGGCGAGGUUUUGCUUGUCGACUUUGGAGCUGCAACUGUUGCAGUGCGUGAACGAUGCGGAGAAGGGAGACACGUCGCGGUUUGCAGGCGCGCACGAGUGGGUGCGCAACGCGUUGAAGCUGGUGGAGUUUUAUCUGGACACGGACAACCCGAAGGAUGCUGCCACUUGUCUAGCUGCCAGCGAGUACAUGCUGCUUCAUCAUGGAACCGACGAUGGUGAAGACGACGAGGAUCAAAAGAUUCUGACCGCUGAGAUCUACUCGACCUGGAGCAGGCUUCACGUGAUAACGCUCCAGCUGGCAGGGAUGAGGAAGGACGGGUACACAGCGGAUGAAAUUGACCCAGUUCUCCCGCGGCCUAGUAGUAUGGAGUCCACGCUCGCUAAGUUGGCCCAGACUGCGGCGCCUAGCGGUGGCGAGACCACUAAACCGCCAGGAUUUGGCAUGGAGUUUGUGCCCGCAUCGAGUGUGGCGACGUUUGAUCAAGCCCGUGACGUAUUCAAGAUGGGUCUUCGGGCUUGCACUCGAGCUCGGGAAGUGUUCGUGUUGGACGGCUUUGUGACGCAGCACGUGCGUCUUCUGCAGCGUGAGAGCGCUCUGUAUAAGCGACUGCUUCCUUUUGAAGACGCUCGCGGAAGGAAGGUUGCUAUGCAGAGACGACGUUUGGCCCUACUGACGCCCGUGCUGGGCGACACGUUGAACGAGCGCGCCUUCAGUGACUUGUUGCAGGAACUCUACUUCGAGUGCGCAGAGAUAAACGCCGAUGUGCUCGAGCUCAAGCGCAGCAAGGAGGCCGGGGAGAAGGCGAUGGCGUACGCAAUCAAGGCGAUCCAGUGUUACCAGCAGUUCCUGCUCCUCUACUACCCGUCGUCUGAGCCUGAGGGAUCAUUCAAGGAAGACCCCGUGCGUGUCAGCGUACUGCGCGGAGGCAAGUCGGUUCCGCUUCCAAGUGAAGCCAUGUCUCCCAAGGAGUUCCGAACGAUGCUGCUCGGCUACUUUGGACUAGCUCAUGCUUGUGGCAAAGUCUCAUUCCCGUCGAGCAAGACCGUGGGGUAUUGGCGCCAGAGUCUCGCCUACCACGAGGCCGUGACGGAACUCGUUCGGAAGUAUGAGCAGAAGUACCCGGGACAGCAGGGACAAGAGUUGCGUCGCAGCUUCCAAACGGAGCUGGCUAUCUGCGGGGAGAUGGCCGAAUUGCUGCCGGAGAAGAUUAACCAGCUCGUGUACAACGGCAAGGCUCUGUAG